AUGUCAGCGAUAGCUCCUCGCCCGAGCGGUUCUCAUAACGACGGUCAGAAGCCGCCUGAGAUGUUCCGCUGCAAGACCGGCGGCGAGUGGAAGCCUUGGUCCAGCUUCUCGAAGAAGCAGCAGAAGCUUGUGCAAGACAAGCUGAACCGCCGCGUCCGGAUCGAUGCUGCCAAUACCGGAAUGGUCUGCCGCAUUCACACGGGCGAGCCUGUAAAGGAGAUUCAAUGCGAAGGGCCUUGCAACCAGAUUUUGGUUCUUGACAAGUUCUCGAAAAACAACAGAACCAACGGUGUCAAUAUCUGCAAGGCAUGCCAGCAUUGGGUCAAUACCCAAGAGCCUGGCUAUGCCCCUUGGGCCGGUCCGAACACUGACCUUGACCCCCUCGAGGAAAUGGAUGACUUCGAGGCUCGUCUCCCUACAGAACCUUCUGAUAUUUUCGAUUUCCAAGAUGACCGACCCCUUGCCCCGAUCACCGGCACAGAUGGACUUUCAGGACUAGAUGACGACGAGACGGGCGUUGCUUCCCUCAAGUUCGCCGGCCUCGAUAUCAACCAUGCUAGACAGGAUAUCGUCCCGCCCCGCCUUGACACCGAAAGCGUUACAUCUAGUCGACCCUCUAUAGGAUCGACAAUGUCCAAAAUCGCCACAGAACCCUCCCCGGAAGAGUUGGGAACAAGCAGUCUGUGGUUCAGCCGGGCACAGAUCGCCCAACGUCAAACAAGUGGUCGUGUGAUUUACAACGCUUGGGACUCCAACGGCAACAAACACCAGUUGUCCAAAACUCCCACCGUACAGUCCGAACAGUCUUCGGUAGUUGGUGGCAUGGCUAGAUCUUCGAGUAGUCGUGCACAUAACUUAGAGAACAGCCGCCUUGAGGCCGUCUCGAUCAGUCGCCCUCAAAAUGCCAUCAACACCAAGAAGCCAGCCACUGGCGGUACUUGGGCUGGGAACCGGCAGGCCGAUAGAAAGCAGCUUACGGAGAAGGAACAUCGCGAACUGCAACGCAAUAUGCCGCAGCGACAGAUGAUUGUUCCUUACGGCAACGACGAAGACGACAGUGACGAUGACGAGUAG